AUGGUGAAAACAGCAGUUAUGAGUCUGGUACCGCUGGUAUUAGGCUUUGUAACAGUGUACGGUAGCCUGGUGGAUGACCUCAGGGAUUGUCUCCCCUUCUUACCGCGGACACAGUACGUGAAGUCCUAUAACGACGUUUGUUUGUUCUUACUGAAGAGAAAACUGACAUGGAACGACGCCCAAUCCAACUGCAGCUCUGGUGGAGGUCGUCUGGUGCAGAUUCAGUAUCAAGCCAAACAAGAUUUCCUCUAUAACACACUGACGGCGAUGAAAUGGACAGACUGGGGUGUAUGGAUUGGGGCUACUGACCACGACAGUGAAGGGACAUGGAAAUGGACAGACGGUACAAAUCUGACCUACGGAUUCUGGCAUCCAGGUGAAGGUCCGGCUCAUGGUUUCCUCUUUUCUAAGGCAGGAUUUGAGGACUGUGCCCUGAUGAGACUCGAUGACAGUGGGAGAUGGCGAGACUACGACUGUGGAAGUAUCCUUCAUCAUCACACAUCAGUAUGUGAGUACCAAAAAGUGAAGGAAUCUACAAGUUAUCCACCAAAAACAACGACUCUGCCUACUACAACAGUUCCGACCAUUCCCUCUUCGCCUUCCACUUUGUCGACCACAGUCAGACAAACAUGUCCUUCGUUCCACCCGGAAGCCUCGCUCGUACAAUACUACAAAAAGUCCUGUUUAAGGUUUGUCAUUGGUGACAAGUCUUGGAACGAUGCUAAUGCUGAAUGCAUUAGCCAAGGUGGACUGUUACUUCAGAUACACAGUCAACAGGACCAGGACUUUGUCUACCAGAGUCUGAAGUCUCUACGCUGGAGCGACGCGGGGGCGUGGAUAGGGGCCACUGACCGUGACGGUGAGGGACAUUGGACAUGGACUGAUGGCUCUCCCGUCAAUUACGGUCACUGGAAUCCUGGCGAGGGGUCGUACCACAACACUACGAAUGAGAACUGUGCUAUGAUAAACGUGGAUGACGGGAUGUGGUAUGACUACAAUUGUGGAUCUGUUAUCUACAACCAGGCCUAUAUAUGUCAGUACAGGCUUUGA